GGAUGUUCUUCGCGGAAUCUAUUCGGCGACGCACAGUCCACCAUGUUUGACAGUGAACGUUGGGUCGAAACGUUAAGACAAAGUUGUUGUGUUUAAACUAAGAACUGAGUCUGACUGAAGUUGAAGAUUUAGUUUAAAAUGUUCGCGGAGCUGUCGGACGAACUUCGCUGACUUCGUAUCUCGACUGAAGAAAACAAUGGAGACGAAGUUCGGCAGCGAAGUGGCGUCGAUCGUGGAAGUCGCCAUCCAGGCUACCGUGUGUGUUUUCAGGGAUGUCUGCGAGAAAGAAGCGCCAAACUCCGAGUGGCAGGAGGCGAAGUUGGGCGAAGUUCAGGAGAUAGAGAAGAGUCUGGUGGUCCAGAUCCACAGGGUGUUCGCGGAGUUCUCCUCCGAACUGUUCGAGGAGAACGAGGCUCUGCGGGCCAAAGUGGAGCAGCUGGAGGAUGUGCUGCAGAGGAAAGCCGGGCAGCUGGAGCAGGAGCUGGAGGCCAGGGUGGGUCAGCUGGGCAAAGACAUGGAGGAGCUGGAGCAGGAGCUGAAGAGCAUCAGUGAAGGGGGCAGCAAGACACAGGAGGGACCGACCCACAUCCUGCUGCAGGACGGAUCAGUGAUGGGCACACAGGUGUCUGUCUCUACUCCUGCAGCUUCUCCGGUUCCCGCGGAGGAGUCCACCCUGACCCUUCCUCUGGCUCCAUCAGUGAGCGACGACGAUGCUUCCGGCUCGGCGGCCGUGCCCGUCAUCGACCUUAACGCUGCGACUGCACCGAUGAUGUUUGUCGGGGGGGUCGGCUUUGCUCCCACAUCGCUGUCGGAGGGCGACAAACAAGUCGUCGAUGGGCCGCCCGCUCCAUCGACGGCUCCUGAUCCUACGGGGACAUCCGCCUCGCCAGGAUCUACUCCAACCCGAGAAGUCUCCAGUCCAGAAUCCAACAACGUCAGUGGUGUCGACUCAGCGCAAGAAAAGAAAUCUGUGGAAGAGGCAGCUUCAGGGAGAGCGAGGAGAAUCAGGAGACCAACGUCUAAAGUCCUAGAAGCGUCCAUGGUGCAAAGCGCUGAGGAGAAUAAAACCAGGUCAGGUGGCGUGCAGGGCAGGAGGCUUUCAAAGAGCGAGCCUCAGACUGUGAAGCGUUUCCCCUGUGAGCUUUGCAGCGCCAGUUUUCAUUGGAAAGGUGAACUGAAGAAACACGUGAAGGUCCAUAAGCAGCCGUUUCCUUGUGAGCAGUGUGGCAAAAGCUUCCUGGAAAAGAAGUCUCUGGAGAAUCAUCUCCUGCGUCAUGAGACACACAAAGCCCCGCUGCCCUUCCCCUGUCCUCAGUGUAAGAGAUCGUACCGCAAAGAGCAGUCGCUGCAGAAUCACCUGAAGCGUCACGAGCGGCACAAACCGCCCAAACCGUUCUCCUGUGAUCAGUGCGGGAAGACUUUCAGAAUAAAAGCAUCUCUGGAGAAUCACCUGCUGCGCCACGAGAAGUGGAAGCAGAUGUUGAAGUGCAUGCUCUGCGAUAAGACCUUUAGGCUGCCGGUGCAGCUGAAGGGUCACAUGGCGGUGCACUCGGAAGAGAGACCGUUCAGCUGUGCCACGUGCGGGAAAGAGUUCAAGAGUAAAGACACGCUGCGCUUCCAUCAAAUGGUGCACACGAACGCCAGAAAAUACAAAUGCACAAUGUGCGAGGAGGCUUUCAAAUACGCGCACUCGCUGACCGUGCACAAGAGGAAACACACGGGCGACACUCCGUUCAUAUGCUCCGUGUGCGGCCGCUCGUACAGGACCGGCACGGCUCUGAAGAGACACAGCCUGGUCCACACCGGAGAGAAACCGUUCACCUGCCACAUAUGUGGAGCCCGGUUCAGCCUGAACAACAACCUCAAGAGGCACCUUCGCAUUCACACGGGGGAGAAGCCGUUUACCUGCCAGGAGUGCGGCAAGAGCUACUCCGACAACAACAAGCUGAAGUCUCACAUGCUCGUCCACGGCGCCAGAAAACCUUUCAUGUGCGACCUGUGCGGGAAGACGUUCCUCUUCAACUGUAGGCUGCUCAUCCAUCAGAAGUACGUGCACGCCGACAGGAACGAGGACACGGACGGCACACAAAGAGUCUUGCAGGCGAGAAAGCGAAACAAGUCGCUGGUUAAACCGUUCAGCUGUAAGAUCUGUCUGAAGGGUUUCAGCGCUGCGUGCUCCCUCAAGCUUCAUGAACGAGGUCACAGCGAGCACAAGGAGUUCAACUGCGGCAUCUGUGGGAAGUCUUUCCAUAACAAAUACUCUUUUGGAUAUCAUCAGAGAAGCCACUCGGGGAGAAGCCGUUUGUGUGCGAUGUGUGCGGGAAGAGGUUUUUCCACGCUGGCAGUCCUGCUCAACGAAAACUCGACUCUGAAGGUGGAAGUGAGCCGGCUGGAGAGCGAGCUGAAGACUUUGAGUAGAGACUUUGAAAAUGCUCGACUGUGGAGAGAAAACGUCCUGAACGGCUGCCCGGUCCUGUUCGAGCAGAGCGGCUUGAUCCACACCUUGAAGCCGAUCGGGAAGUUAAAACUGAAGACGGAGAUACAGGGCGGACACGAUGCUGAUGUUGGGGAGACAACAGAGGAGGUGAACUCUGAAGCUGUGUCCUCAGAAAGGAGACAAGAAAAGAUUUUAAACGACGACGUGGAGGAUCGCACCACAGAGGAAUGUAAAAACACACAGGAAGCAGGAGUCAGGAGGAAAGGGAAGAUCUUUGUGUGCGAUGUCUGUAACAAGAGCUUCAACAGGCAGUUUCAUCUGAUGAAGCACAUGAACACUCACAAAGAACAGAGGCCCUUCUCCUGCAGCCAGUGCCCGAGGAAGUUCAGGAACACGGCGACCUACGAGUACCACCUGCUGCGGCACGAGGAGAGGAAGUACGCCGCCUUCAAGUGCCAACUCUGCGAGAAGACGUUCAAGAGCAAAAUGAACCUGAAGACUCAUCAGCUCGUGCACACCGACACGAGGCCGUUCACCUGCUCCACCUGUGGGAAGGGCUUCAAAGCCAAACACAGCCUGCAGGCUCAUCAGACAGUUCACUCCGUGGAGAAACCGCACAAGUGCUCCGAGUGCGGCGAGAGCUUCAGGUACGCCAUCACGCUGCAGUGCCACAGAAGCACUCACACUGGGGAGCAUCCCUACAAAUGCGCUGUGUGCGGCAAAACUUUUGUAAAGAGGAGAUCCCUCCGCACGCACCAGUCCGUCCAUCGAGGGAAAAUCUUCACAUGUGAGACGUGUGGAGCGGGCUUCACCCUGCAGCACAACCUGAAGAGACACAUCCGCAUCCACACGGGCGAGAAACCGUUCAAAUGUGAAGUCUGCGGGAAGAGUUUCAUUCAGGACAACAAGCUGAAAGUCCACAUGCUGCUGCACGGGGCGUCAAAGUCCUUCAUGUGCGACCUGUGUGGGAAAACGUUUCUUUACAACUGCCAGCUGCAGAAACACCAGAAGGUUUCUCACGACGACAGACACGGGCAGGUCGUCACGCGGCGAGCUCGAGAGCGAGGCACCCGGAGAGUGAUCUACCGACGGGACAGGACCACAGUCGACGUGACGCCGUUCAGCUGCAAGACCUGCCACAAGGGCUUUGACACGGCGCCCGCACUGAAGAGACACGAGCUCAUUCACACGGGUCAGAUGCAGCACAACUGCGACACAUGCGGGAAGUCGUUUUUCUACAAAGCCACGUUCGACUACCAUCAGCGGAUCCACUCCGGAGAGCGGCCGUUCGGCUGUGACGUGUGCGGGAAGAGGUUCAUCAUCCUUCAGGCUCUCAAGUCCCACAAACUGCAGCACUCUGGAGAGAGACCGCAUAAAUGUGAGCAGUGCGGCAAGGCCUUCAGGAUCUACACAAACUACCUGAGGCACCUACGGGUCCACACGGGGGAGAAGCCGUACGAGUGCGAGGUCUGUGGAGCGAGGUUCAGGCAGCUCGGACACGUCAAGUUUCACAUGCAGGUCCACACGGGAGAGAGACCGUACUCCUGCAGCAGCUGUGGACUCGGCUUUUCAGACUCGAGGCUGCUGAAGAAACACAACUGUAGUGAGAAAAUGUUGGGAAACACACUCAGUACAUUAUUCUUCAGGAUGUCAGAUCCGGAGUCGCGGGUUGGCGCCAUUCUGGAAAUUAUGGUUACGGCGUCUGUUACAGAAAUGACGAAAGUUAUCAGCGGUUCUGAUUCAACUCGUGCAGAAGAGUGUUCACACGGUGCUGCUGAACACACAGACGCGUUUCAGGACGACAAAGUGAUCCAGUUCAGCGUCUUCAUGGCAUCUCUGGCUCGAGAGGCUGUAGAGAAGAUCUGCGAGCUUUUCCACGAAUGUUCUUCCCUGCUGCGGCUGGAAGUGACGCAGAGUGUUGCAGAGAUCGAGGACCUGAAAAGGAGGCUGGAGGAGGCAGAGACGGAGCUGAUGCUGGUGCUGGAGGGCAGCAGAGGCCAGGUGGAGGUAGAGGAGGUGAUAGUGGGAGGGACGGCUCCAGCCAACGGAGCAGGAAGAGAGAUAGUGAAGGGCCGGCGCUCAGGGAGGAAGAGUCGCAGAUGUGAGGUUGUGGCUGGCGGUGAUGCUGGAGUGAAGAGGUCGCCUAUAAUUCACCUGUGGAAAGGCAGAACUUAUGAGGACAGUGUCCAGCCCGUGAUUAUAAAGGAGGAAGGAUGGGAAGCGUUGGCUGACCAGGCGUCCUCUGAUUCUGGUCAGUACAGAGAUGACCAGGCCCAGGACAAUAGUGACGACCCAGACUACCAGCUGGAGCCAGAAGAUCCAGAAGACGGCGAUCCAGGAUUCACCAGCAGACCCAAACGUGUAGUUAAACCCAGGACCAGUCGAGGUCGAGCAAAGAAGGAGAGGAAGACUCUGAACAAGCUGCCUCUGAGCUGCAAACUAUGUAGGAAGACCUUCCCCAAGCUGCAGCAGCUCAAAGCCCACCUGGCCGUCCACGAGGCAAACACAGAGAAACCUUUCCACUGCUCUCAGUGUGGAAGAGGUUUCUCAUUCCAGCGAAGUCUCAAUGCACACAUGCUGCUUCACACAGGUGAGAGACCACACACCUGUGAUGUUUGUGGAAAAGGUUUCACCCUGAAGCAGCUCCUCAGAAACCACCAGCGUCUCCACACCGAUGUUCGGCCGUUUCGCUGCGAUCAGUGCGGAAAAAGCUUCUACCGAGCUCACGGCCUGAAAAUGCAUCAGAUGGUCCACACGGGGGAGCGGGCUUACAACUGCCAGCACUGCAGCAAGAGCUUCACAAUACCAGGAAACCUGCAGCGACACCUGCGCAUACACACGGGGGAGAAGCCGUACAAGUGUGAGACUUGUGGUAAAAGCUUCAACCAGGCAGACACUCUGAAAGGCCAUCAGCGGAUUCACACCGGCGAGCGCCCCUUCAGCUGCGAGACCUGCGGCAAAAGUUUCAUCCAGAAGAGCGCGUUGAAGAUGCACCAGAAGACCUCGCACGCAGGUGAGAACACGCUGGCCUGUGUAGCGUGCGGCACCGUGGUCGCCUGUGUGGACUCGCUUCGGAAACACCUUCAGACGCACGCAGCGACCAUCCCAUGUACGUGCGUGCUCUGCAGCCAGCGGCUCAGCUCCAUCACCGACCUGCGCUCGCACCAGCAGCACCACACGGUGGUCCGGCCUCACAGCUGCGGCCUCUGCUGGAAAAGCUUCAAGUCGUCCAGUUACCUGAGGAUUCACAUGAUGACGCACAGCGGCGAGCGGCCCUUCACCUGCGACGUGUGCGGCCGCAUGUUUACACAGCACAGCAGUCUUAAAUCUCAUCAGGUGGUCCACACAGGAGAGAAACCGUUCAGCUGCGAUACAUGUGGGAAGUGUUUCAGCAACACGGGCAACCUGAACAGACACCAGCGUAUCCACACCGGGGAGAAGCCGUUCAGCUGCGACACGUGUGGACGCAGCUUCAACCAGGGAAACAGCCUGAAAGCCCACCAGCAGAUACACACGGGGGAGAAACAGUACAUGUGCGACAAGUGUGGGAAGAGUUUCUCCUACCUGAGGAACCUGAAGGACCACAAGUGUUUCUACGUCUGACACUAAACUGAGAUCAGUCGUCUAUUGAGUUUUCUCGUGCCUGUUCAGGAAGAAACGAGUGGAUUGACCAUAAACUAUGAAUGUGCAGUUAUAGGAGUUUUGUUAACUAUGAAGGUAGAAAUGUGUGUCUUCAUUUUUCAGCUAACUACAAAGAAAGUGGUGGGAAUAGAUGGAGGAGUUCAAAUGCUUUCAUUAAAAACUAUUUAAAGCUGGA